AAACGCCAAUUUGAUCUUUCUUUUCAUUGUUCCAGCAAUGAUAUCAUGGUGGCUAUCUUUGUCUCUGCUUUAUUUUGAGCUUUGUUAGCUCAAAGUUCAAAUGCCUUGUUGUGGAGGAGUGUCGUUCAAUACCUAGGUAGGCAUCUGGUUUUAUGUUACCCCUGAUGCGACGUUGGAUGCCACUACGGCAUUGGUGCCUUUUUAGGGGAGCAUUGAGAACCACAAAUCCUACCACAACGCUGGCGGAUUCUUAAGUGGUUACUGGUGCACCGCAUUUAUCCGGCGGAAUGUUAACAAAGGUUGCGGCUAAUACUACCCCCGAUAUGUACGGGGAGUAGGUGGGCCCCGUAUACCGUUGUCGUACCGCCCGAGAUCCAAUUUAACGCGGAUGAUUCUCUGGGGAACUAGAAUCAACCAACGGCCUAUAUAUUCUGGAGUUUAUCCCAUGGCUUCUGUUUUGUUGUUCGCCGUGCUCAACACAGGUUCUCGACUCAAGUUCUCAAUAGCAACAAAAUAGCCUCUCGUCAUCAUGCGUUUGUCAAAAGCAUCUUCGUUGUUCCUUGUGGCCGCAACUUGCGCCGAGGCUGCGACAACAAUCAUUCCCAACACGAGCUUCAACUCUCAGUCCGCCUUCGAUGCUGAGUGGAGCUACAACUAUCCGUGGGGAACCGACCACAAUGGUGCCGCCCGCAUGGAUCAGAGUCAAGUCGGGUUAUCUGGUGGAGUGUUGACCUUAACCGCUACCCCGAAAUCUGGGCUUGGGGGUAGCCUCAAGUACUUGUCUGGUGCAAUCCACAGCAAGGAUAAAUUCACCGUCGCUAAAGGUGGCGGUUAUGACUUUACUGGCGAGUUCAAGGCAACAACAACCAAGGGUACUUGGCCGGCAUUCUGGCUGAACGCGGCCUCAGGCUGGCCCCCAGAGAUCGACAUGGCUGAGUGGAAGGGCUCAGGAAAGAUCUCAUUCAACACGUUCAACACUUCAUCAUCCGUCACUGCUAAGGAUGUGAACUAUCCCAGCCCGGGAAAUUUCCACUCUAUCAAGUGCGAGAUUCGUGAUGUCAAUGGGAAAGAUAUUUCCGUCAAGUUUUACCUGGACGGUUCCCUAGUUACGACUCAAUACGGAGGUGACUAUAUCGGAAAAGCGCAGUACCUCAUCAUCAACUUGCAGAUGGAAGGCUCCUCUGGGUCACCAGGUCCCACUGGUAACACUCAGUACCAGGUACGCAACCUGCAGGCUGUAAGCUACAACCCUUGAUUGGGUGAGUAAGGGUACUUGCGCUAGUCCGACAGGUUUUUACUUGGAUGGCGGUUAUUAGACUGCGAUCUGAGGUUUUUCCCCUAGUUGGCAGCGAGAGGAAAAU